UUCACUCUCAAUAUUCUUCUCUUUCUCUCUCAUAUCUCUUCGCCGAUCAGCACACUAAGACAAUUUCCCCAUUUUUGCCGAUGAGCUACUAAGCUCAUGCAAAAUCGUGACCAGGAAGUGAAGAUACAAAAGUAUGAAAGAAGACAAAAUCAGGCUAUAAGUCUUGAGAUGGAACGUGAACAUCGUAGAUGGAUGUACGAUAGGAAUCAUCCUAAUCGUUGUGGAUUAAAGGAAGAAUUUAUUGAAGGUGUUAAAGGAUUUAUUGCUCAUGCAAAAACGCUUCCUGAAUUUCGUAACGAAGGAACAAUUAGGCGUCCUUGUGUGAAAUGCAAGUGUACAAAGUUGUUGCAACCGAAAAAUAUUAAAGUUCAUCUUUAUAGCAAGGGGUUUAGGGAAAAUUAUUAUGUGUGGACUGUUCAUGGAGAGAACUAUUGUAGUGUUGGUGAUGUUCAUUUUUAAAAUCUAGUUAGUGGUGAGAGAAGUACACAAA